UGCUUAGCCAUUGCUUAGCAAAACGAGGUUCUUCACCAUUCCCUUCCAAAUCCUCAAUCUUCAUCAAAUCUUCUGCUGAACAGUAUGGAUGGAUCGACGGCGGUUCCAGAUCAAUUUCAUCCUCAACAAUCAAAGCCUGUCGAGCGUCUGAACCAGGCACUUCAGCAGCAGUUGAACCUUGAUUCUGUGAAAACUCGAGCUAUCAGCCUCCUCAAAGCCAUCUCACGCAUCCUAGAAGAAAUCGACAUCUUUAAUCGUACCAAUUCAUGCCCCAAAUGGCAAGACAUCUUGGGCCAGUUCUCUAUGGUAAAUCUUGAACUCUUUAGCAUUGUUGAAGAUAUUAAGAAGGUGUCGAAGGCUUUUAUUGUGAAUCCAAAGAAUGUCAAUGCAGAGAAUGCACCAAUUCUGCCUGUAAUGCUGUCAACAAAGCUAUUGCCAGAGAUGGAAAUGGAUGAUAAUGCAAAGAGAGAUCAGUUGUUAAAUGGAUUGCAAAACCUUCCAAUAACAUCACAGAUUGAUAAGUUAAAGAUGAGGAUUGAUAUGAUUGCAGCUGCCUGUGAAAGUGCUGAAAAAGUCAUAGCUGAUACACGGAAGGCUUAUUUUGGCACUAGGCAGGGACCUAUAAUCGUUGCUACUUUGGAUAAGGUUCAAGCAGCAAAAAUUCAAGAGCAAGAGAACCUACUCAGGGGUGCUGUAAAUCAUGGAGAAGGUUUGCGAUUACCUGGAGAUCAGAGGCAAAUAACAACUUCCCUCCCAUUGCAUCUGGUAGACGUGAUAGCCAUGAAUGAUGGUCCUCAGGCAAUUCCUGAUGCAUCAGGCAUGUUUGUGAAGGCAACUCCUCCCUUAACAUCAAGCAACAUUAACAAUCAAGGGAACUUGUUGCAGGCAUCGGGAGGACAACUCACUGGAAGAGCAGUUGCUUCCCCUGGUGCUGCCACAACAAGUUUUGACAACACAGCUGGGUCUCCACUACAAUAUGCCAACUCUCCUAGGUCUGGAACUAGCAUGAUGAACGCCCCAUCUCCUCAGCAACAAGCACAGCAACAACAGCUGCUUCAACAACAGCAAAGACAAAAGAUGAUGCAACACCCUUCACAACAACAAUUACUAGCUCAGCAACAAUUCAGGCACUCUUCACUGCCUGCAAUGGGACAGAACCAGAUGGGGCAGCUUCCUGAUUUGCAAGGGCAGGCUCAGCAAAAGUUUCAGUCGUUACAUGGUCAGCACCAAAUGCAAUUCUCCCCACCACUGGUUCCCCAGCAAUUUCAGGGUAGGCAGAUGCCUUCUGGAUCUAUUCAGCAUGGAAUUAGUCAAGCCCAACUUAACCAAGGCAAUCAGCUGAAUCGUCUCAAUCAGUUUUCUACAGCCAACAACAAUACAUUGUUUAAUACUGCUCAGGGAACUCAAAAUAACCAGAUGGCAAUGUCAAACAUGUCUGCGACAAUGGCAUCACAACCAAUGCUGCCAAGGGUCCAGUUUGGAUUAUCUGGUGCGAACAGGAGUCACACAUCCCAGAUUCUGAAUGAGCAAAUGUUUAACAUGGGAGCAACAAAUUCCGGGGGUAUGAUGCCCAUUCAGCAGCAACAACAGCAACAACAAGGUACAUUUGGAAACAUGUCCCAAAAUACGCAGCUUAAUAAUAAUAACAAUAAUAAUAGUCAACAACAAGGAAUGGUGUCGCAAAACCACACCAAUUUCCAGCAGCAGAGACAACAGAAUCCGCAAUGAUAUAUUUAAACAAAAUCAAUUAAAUUUGAAUGCCAUAAAAUUGUAGUAAUUACUUCUAUUAGAUGGGUUGUUUAACUAAAGACAAUACUAACUUUUCAUUUUCUGAAGCUUUUUAUCUUUUACUA